AUAUUUUAAAGAAAUGUUUUGAUGUAUAGUUGCGUUUGUAAAAAAAAAAAAAAAGUUGCGUUUGUAAUAUUUUAAAAUAAAGAGGUCGAUUUUAAUUGUAAUCGAACCGGUCCUGCAUUUUUAUCAGAAAGAACCAUAAACCGAACCUUAAUACGUCGUCGCUUCAAGUCUCUGUAGUUGCCGGUGGAAUAAGAAAGACGAGAACAGGCGAAUCUCAUCUGCGGCAAAUCAAUCACUGAGUACCUAAACCGCUUUUCCGACGUCGUUUCGUACCAAGACUUUUGAUGACAUUGAAGUACUUUCGAAAGGAAUCAUACCAAAAGAUGAGCUCUUGCAGAACUAUGACCUUAAUGAGAACAUAAAGAUUGCGCAGGCUCUAAGAAAGGGUGAUCUCAGGCUUCAAGAAUAUGAAGAUCAGUGUAUGUCUUUCUAUCAAGUCCUCAGAUUUUUGAUAAAGGAGGUGAGAACACAGUUAGUGUUGAAGGAAGUGAAAUUGGAUGGGAUCGAUGAUUCUUGUAGAGAGCAUUUAGAGAUCACUAGACUCCUCACAAUGGAUGAGCUUAAAGAAACUUUGGCAAAUACAACUCGGAGUGAGAGUAUUGCUCAGGCUUUUUGGAAUGAAAGAUCAGAAAAUUCUUGCGAUAAAUGUGUACCAAAAAUUCGAGAAAUAGAAGAACAAGCUCAUGAUUUUAUUUCACUGAUUGUACCAAAUGCAACCUUGACCUCUCUCAAUAACAAUAAUGCAUUGUUUUCUCCAAACCCAUUAAAUGGUACUCUGCAACGGACGUCACAAGGGUACUUUGGGAAAUCCGUAUGA